CUUGUCGUCACCGCUGUUCUCGUCUCCUCCUCGGCGCACACUAUAUGUGCCGUUGGAACUCCUUACAGCAAAUCUCUAAGAACUGCCAAGAGCUUGCUGCUUUCAAUGGCGGAUCCAGUAACCGUUGCUGCUGCAGUAGGGUGGGGCCUGCAAGCCGUAGGAUGGAUCGCCUCGCCCAUCAUGUCUGAGAUUUUCAAGAAAGGAUCCUCCUUCCUCGGCUUUGACGCAUCGAAGAAGCUGAAGGAACUUGAGCCGAAGGUUUUAUUGCUGCAGCGGGUGAUGGAAGCCGUCGAGGAGAGCCCUGACAGGCCUCGUUUGGAGCAGUUGUUUAAGGAUCUUAAGUCGGCUUUCUAUGAGGCGGAAGACAUCUUGGAUGAUGUUGAGUAUCACCGUCUUAAAAAGCAGAUCCAAGAUGGAAAGCUGAAGUCAGACGGUGAUGUGCCCAUACGCAUGAGGGAUUUGAUGAAGAAAAAGCCCAGCUCUGGCAUUCCAAGUUCCUCCUCAAAUGAUCAGGAGAGUGGCAUGUCAAAAAGUCAGUUGAAAAAUAGCUUUGACAAGAUAGAAAAGGUUAUAAAUGAUGCAUGCGAAAUUUUGGAACGGCUGAACUUGCCUCCCGUAACUGAUUAUAAUUGGAGACAAUUGGUUCCUCCCAAUUCCCGUAGUGCAGUCACUACUGCAGCUCCUCCGCUGAAAGUAAUUGGUCGAGAUGAGGAUCGUGACAAGAUCAUAGCAAUGCUUCAUGACAAGGAAUGCGAUGGUCACGAAAGCACCAACAUUGGUUUAUGUUAUUCUGUAAUUGGCAUUCAUGGCAUCGCUGGGUCUGGGAAAUCAACUCUUGCACAGUAUAUUUGUGACCGUGAGAAGAAAGACAAGGAAGAGGAGAAGGAUGGCCAUUUUGACCUGAUAAUAUGGAUUCAUGUUUCUCAGAAGUUUGAUUUGCAAGCCAUUUUCACAGAGGUGCUUGAGGGGGCUACAGGGAAGCCAUCCUCUGAAUUCAAGAACCGUAACACUCUAAGAGAGAAUCUUGUGAAGGAACUGCGUGGAAAACGGAUUUUAUUGGUACUAGAUGAUGUCUGGUAUAAUAUUCGGGAUGCAGGGCACCAGGGCGAACUAGAACAGGUACUUUCUCCGCUGGAGGUUGCGAAGACUGGAACCAAGAUAUUGGUGACUAGUCGAAACAAAGAUGCAUUGGUAGCUCUGGGUGCUGUGGGGGAGAGAUGUAUUCCAAUAUCUGAUCUGACUGAUGACGUCUUUCUUCAAAUGUUCAUGCAUUAUGCACUUCGAGGUGCAGUGGUACCUGGGCAUGAUGGAAUAAAACUCCAAAUGCUUGGGGAUGAGAUUGCAAAAAAGCUGAACAGAUCGCCUCUGGCAGCCAGAACAGUGGGUGCACAGCUAUGCCUAAGACUGAAUGUAGAGUUCUGGAGAAGAACUAGAGAUCGAGAUCUUUUAAACGAGACAAUGGGAGCUUUGUGGUGGAGCUACCAGCAUCUUGAUGAGCAGGUCAGACGAUGCUUUGCUUACUGUAGUAUUUACCCCAGAAGACAUCGUUUGAAACGUAAUCAGUUAGUUCAGUUGUGGAUGGCUGAAGGGUUUAUAAAGACAACCAAUGCUGAAGAGGAACCGGAUGGUGUUGGUCAGGAUUACUUUGAUGAAUUACUGUCAGCCUCAUUUCUGCAGCUAGCGGAGAGAAAAAUGGAACAUGGAUGUGAGGUUGAUUACUUCACUGUUCAUGACCUGCUGCGUGAUUUAGCAGAGGAGGCCGCCAUUGGAGAUUGCUUCAAAAUCGAUGAAGGUUUCAGAGGAGAAGUUCCUCCAGAUGUUCGUCAUAUAUUUGUCGGGAGUUGUGAUAGAAAGAUGCUUACUGAGAAAAUAUUUCAAUUGCAGAAUUUGCGCACACUUAUCAUGGAUCAUCCCUUGCAGAUUGAAUUAACUGAUGUAAAAUUCUUGGAGAGCAUGUUCACGAGGUUACAGAACUUGCGUGUGCUGGUUUUACGUUUCAAUGGACUACUUGGUGGUCGUACCUUCUCACUCCCGGCAUCUAUUGGACUGUUAAAGCAUCUACGGUAUUUCUAUUUUCGUUUGGGUGCAGAAAUGAAGCUUAUUUUACCAGACAGUAUUACCAAGCUUUACCACAUUCAGCUGCUAGAUGUUGCACAAGCCAGCCGUAUGGAUUUUUCCGGAGCUAAACAUAUGAGUCACCUCAUCAACUUGCGGCGUGUAAGCCCCGGUUUAGAUUUUCCAAAUAUUGGUAGCCUUAAAUGGCUCCAAAUAUUACAAGGCUUCUUUGUCAAGAAUAAACUGGGAUACGAGAUACAACAAUUGAAGCAACUAAACAAGCUUGAAGGCAGGCUGGCUAUCAUGGGUCUUCAGAACGUCAGAGGCAAGGAAGAGGCUAUUGAAGCCAGUGUUGCACAAAAGGAACGGGUGACACAACUUGAAUUUAUCUGGGACGAUAGGAGCUGCAGUCCAAAGGUUGAAGCGGAGGUGCUUGAGGGUCUUUGUCCACCAAAGUAUCUUGAGAAACUCGAAAUUAUCAAUUACCAAGGUUCGACGUACCCAAAUUGGAUGGUGGGUAAGGAGAACGGUGGUCCAGAGCAUUUGCGUAAUCUAUGGCUCUACAACUGUAGCUGCCUGGAACCUGCUCCUGAACUUUUUGAGGUCUUUGUUCAUCUUCGUUGGUUUAGGCUUUGGUACAGCAGUUGGGACGCCUUGCCAGAUAACAUGGAGCAGCUGACGUUGCUCCAGGUACUAGACAUCAAUUGUUGCCCGAACAUUCGUUUGCUUCCAGCAUUACCCCAGUCCCUUGAGAAGUUUUGUCUGCGAGCCUGCAACGAGGAGUUCACAAGGUCCUGCGAAACAACUGGUGAUCCAAACUGGCAAAAGAUUCAACACAUUCCAAUGAAAAUCAUUAGGCGUGAUUAAGAGUCUUCCAGUUGCAGCAAUAAGUUGGAAGGUACAUACACGCAAUUCUUUUAAGAGGUCAAUUAAGAGCCGUUACAAUUCAUCCUUACGUUCUUUCGUCAAUUUUUGUAGUACACGUCAGAUAAAUGCUGAAGAGUGAGGACGGGAACCGAAGAAGCUGUCUCACAGUCAAAUCCGUCAGCCUUCCUGUCAAUC